AUGCAGCCCGCACGCGAGUCGCGCAAGCCAGCAUCUCGGGUUGAGCGCAUGCCGAUUCCCGAUGCAAGAGCUAUGAUCCUCGGCCAGGGCCAACGACGUGUCGAGCCACCAUCGCAUUCUAACACAGAUGUACCAACACAGCCAGCGGAGCGUUGCCCAGGGUGUUUGGAUGUCUACACUGCACCAUCGCCUCCCGCGUGGGUUCAACAACCACCAGCCAAAGAUGCAAUGGACUAUGCCAAGGCAACGGCUGAAUUCUUUGCUCGGAAAAGCGAGAACGAUAAGAUUGCGGAGGAUGACCACGAGCGCUGGAAGCAGAAACAUGCGAGCUGUCGAGUGAAGGUCCCGAGCGACGCAGGCCACGACUUCAAUCCCUUAACGAACACCGGCGCAACUAACGGAUCUUCAAACAAGCGCAAAGAUGACCGACAGCACGAAGAAUCCGCGCGGUCAAGAAGAUAUCCAUUCGACAACAGCACUACGAGUGCUCCGCCUGUCCGGCCUACUGCACCGAUAUAG